GUCGACACCACCACAAAUAGCAUGCAUGUCCGAAAUCGUGUGCCGCGUGGGAUCGCACGCAAUGACCGCUCUCCAGAUGGCACAGUGAGCACCGCCGCAAGUAGUCCUGUCGAUAGACUGUUCAUGGACAUCAGAAUAUCGCCUUCCCCACCCUUAGGAGUCAGCUGCUACUGCUGCUGCGGCAUGGGUUCUCCAGCCCCAUAAUCUGCUGGCUGAGCAAGUCGACGACCCGCCGAGCAGCAUCAACGACAGCACCAUGACGGCUCACGCCACAAAUGGAGGACCUCGUCUUGAACUGCUCGCGUCUACAGCAAACCUCGCCGGGCACAGCCGGAACACCGCAUCCCAGGGAGGCCGGCCAGGCCACACUCGACACCGUGGCAGUAGUGGCGGUGUCGACCCCUUCGUCGAGACCGCCCAGUGGACAGCUGAUGGCACGGUAGUCCUCACCUCUUCCUCAGACAACCAGAUCGCGGGCUACAUCGUCCCAGAGGACCUCCUCGCGCCCAAGGUCUCGCCACUGGAGCUCAGCCCGUCGUGCAGGAUCCAGCUGCCCGAGCGCUCCAACGUGCUCGCCUCGGCGCCGUACUUUGAUCUGGCCGAGCCGUACACACAUCAGGUUCUCGUGUCCAGCCGCGACCACCCAAUCCAGCUCUACUAUCUCCAGCCCAACGUUGUGCGGUCUAACGAUCCGCGAGGAGGCAGGAAGCUGUCAACAGCAUCGUCCAACGAGGACGAACAGGUUGAAGAUGGUGGACACUCGAAGGCAGGGCCGGAUGGCUCGACCACGACGACCACGACGACAUCUCAUGCCUACCCAGCAGCCUCUUCUCUCCCAUUCAUCAAGCCGCGGUCCGAGACAUUCGAGACUGCCACAGCGUUGAUAUGGCCUGGGUCCGGACAACACUUCAUCGCCGGCACGCGCAACAUGCUCGCAAAGUUUGACGUGAGCCGCUCGGGAUCAGAAGCGAUAAUGCACAUCAAGACCGUGCCUUCCGGCAACCGCAAUUCGUCUCAAGCAGGAGCGGCCGGGGCUGGAAGCAUCAUCGGCACUCUACGAGGCACCAUCUCCACCCUGAGCGCGCAGCCGUCCCCGGGUCAUUCGCAGCAGGAUGGCACUGGUCUCAUCGCGGCGGGUACGUGGACGCGCUGGGUCGGGCUGUACGAUUUCGCCAGCUCAGGGCGUUGCGUGGCGACCUGGGGCGUGGCAUCCGCCGCUGCGCUGACGCAGAUGCAGACAGCCGUGACAUCCUCCGCGAGUAGUGACUCGCACUCCAGCACUGGUGGGCGGCUGACGACCGACAAGUCCAGCGGCGGGGUUGGCGGCGCAGGAAUCACCCAGACCAUCUGGAGCCCCUGCGGGCGCUACCUUCUCGUCAACGAGCGCCGGUCCCGCGGAAUCCUGGUCUACGACGUCCGCGUCACGGGCAGGCUGCUUGGCUGGCUGUCCGGCCGAGACGCGCUGGGCAACCAGCGGAUCUCGUGUGACGUAUACCCAGGCCAGGAUGGCGCGGGCGGUUUCGAAGUCUGGUCUGGCACGACACACGGCGCGGUCAAGGUAUGGGAGGCCGUGGGCUCACGUGAGGGCGAGCACGCACCCGCUUGGGACUGGCAGGCACAUCAUGGUGCGGCUGUGGGAAGUGCGUGUCUGCAUCAGAGCGGCUCAGUCGUGGCUACGGCGUCUGGGUCUUGGGGUUUUGAGGAUAUUAAUGGCAGUACUGGGCCGUUUCCAGUCUCGCCAACGUCGGGCUCUGGAUCAUCAUCCUCGAGCAAUUCUUCGAGUUCCGAGUCCGAGAACGAGGAGUGGCUCUGUAGAAGAGUCAAGGAGAGCAGCCUAAAGCUCUGGGGCAUUGCCGGUUUCAGUUUGGAUCAUGGUGGAACCGAGGAUCGGGCGUGUGUCUAGGACAAGCUUUCUCAGCGCAGAGUGCUAAACGGUAAAGUGCUAAACGGUAAAGCAAUGAUCGUGCCGCGUCUAGCUAAAUCCUUGACACCUAAAUGAACAUCUCCGAACUACUGCCGUAUCUCUUCCCCCGCGAGAUAUUCCUAAAUGUCUCUACCUGGUCGAGGAAGUCUCGAGGCUUCAUGGAACGACAUCGCUGAUUUCUGAGCCUUCGUGGACGAGCUCAGCCCCAUUGUGUAUCAAGAACAUUGUUGACAUGAUGUAAUACCUGUUCCCCACCCAGAAAAUCUCUAAACCGUUGUACUCGCUCCGCCGGUGACAUUUUCAUGAAGGCAAGCAAACCUGGAGGCUGCAUGUUGCAAUCUUGGCCUGUUUUGACCGGAGCCCUGCUGUGUAUUGCCGUUGUCCCGGCUUGGUCUGAAUUGCUCACCAUCCCAGGAAC